AUGGCUCGCCACGGGUGGAUUUCACCCCAUUCGUUCACGAGCGGCCGCGGUUCUGCCGCUACUCGGGGAAGAGAAGGUGGUGGUGGUGGUGGUGGUGGCAGCAGCCCUGUACUCGGGGAUUAUUAUUGCGCACCCGAGGGAAGCGACGAUGAGAACUCCAUAUUUGACGAUGAGAUUUUAAUAAUGACGGACGCAGAGAAGGAGGCCUUUGCUGAGCUGCAGAGUAGAUUAGAGGAAGAGUGCCUAUCGCAAUUCUAUUACCACCGUCACUCCUCUCCAUCUGAGGGCAGCGGGGCAGUGGAGGGCGUGAAGGGUGGAGGUGGAGGUGGAGGCCGCUUCCAUUAUGACGCGCUGCACCGCAACGCCAGCGGAGCGAGCAUAAGAAUAGACGGAUCCCAGUCCGUGUCAAGUGCUCGCCUCCGUCAUUGCCGUAGCCGAUCAAGUCCUGCAGGGAACCGUAGUCCGUUGGCGUAUCCCAGCGCACGGCGGUCUCGGGAGCGGGAAGCGUGGUACCGGAACCAACUGGAAGAGGAGUUGACUUUUCGCCCGCAAAUCAACUCAACAGAAGUGGCGGCUCGCUACAUGGAGGCUUCGACACGGCGAUCACGGGAGCUCAAUGCGGAGGAUGACGCGGCAGAGACGUCUCAGUUUAGACCCGUGACAAAUCGACUGCGCACUUCAUCCCUGUCGGACCAUCUGAGCCGAUAUCUUCGCACGCCGGUUCACUUACGGCUGGGCCGGACGGCGUCAGCGUCAUCACAGCGACGGGGGCGGCAGCAAUUAGAGAAGAAGCCGCGGGAGUGCGGGGGUGUUCAGAGAGGCGGAAAAGACCGUCAGCUGACGGAGGCAUUUCUGCAACGCCUAGAGGAAACAAAUCAGCGUCGCGAAAAGAAUCUUCAACGAAUUGCUGUGAUGCACAACACCGAACUGACGUUUCGACCAAAAUUGGCGCCUGGCACCUGUAGGAGAAAGACUCCGUCGGUUGUGGCACCGCGCAUUCGUGGAGAGGCGAGUGGGGGCAAAACACAAUUGCGGCACACGAGUGUCGGCUCUGGGGAUCCUGAAACAGAGGUGUCUUUUCCCACCGCGUCAGUGCGCCCGUCUCCGCACAUCAACAACAGGUCCCGAAUCAUGAAGCGGAGUUUGAACGACCUACGCCUGUUUGAACUGCGAAGACAGCAACGUCUGGAGGAACUGCGCGCCGAACAUGAGGCGAUGGAGCGUCAAGCGGUCUCUGGAAAACCAGCUGUCAGCAUCGGCUCACGUAGACUUACAGAAACAAUUUUUGGUGGCGAUGUCACUCAUGAGAUCAUUCAACAGUACUUGCAGCGAAAUGCUCGGAAGCGUGCGGCUGCCAUUCGUGCGGAAUACGAGGCGAGGCAGCGAGAGGAGGAAAGUCAACUUACAUUUCAUCCAGAGGUGCAUCCGGCACCACCGCAUGUACACGAAAUUGCGCAAGAGCUUGCUUUGAAUAAGUCACUUACCGUGAAAAAAUCAACGCCGAAACCGAUUUUCCGUUUUUCAUAG